AUGGAAGCCAUGGAAAAGUUAAAGUCUGUAAUGAGCCUCAAGGAAGUGGCCACACAACACAGUGAAGAUAAAGCCAGGCAAGAUGAUAACCUGGGUUGGAUGACCCAACCUGGGUUAGAUGGCCCAACCUCGGCAGCAUUUGCCUUGCCUGUAAGUAGGAUGGAUAAGCCUGUGUUUACACACCCACUGGUUAAGACAAGAUUUGGAUAUUAUAUUAUUAUGGUUGAAUGA